AUUAUUAUUAUUAUUAUAUUAUUAUUAUGUCAAAUCCUGAUAAUAAAAUAGUACUAUCAAAUGGUUUUAUGACUGAAUACGAUCUUUCUUACGCAACUGCUAAAGUUGAAUUAAAUGAUUCUUCUAUAUAUCAUCAUCAACAAGAUCCAUCUUCUUUUGGUUAUAUCCCCACCUCUCAUUCACUUAUUCAAGAUAUGGAAACCAUGAUGUACUCACAAAAUACUACUUCCACGACUAAUUUGAUUCCUCCUGUAACUCAUCAACAAGAACAACAUCAUAGUAUUUAUAAUACUACAAACCCCAAUAUUAUCGCCUCAUGCAUAUCAUCUGCACAACAAACUCGACCUAUGAUGACGGAUACUGAAAACCCUAUCACUAUGGAAACGGAUACUACCAUGAUGAUGACAACAUCCAUUUCAGCAUCUACCACUACCACUUCAGCUUCUCCUACUUUUUCUCAUUCGGCUUCUCCAACAUCAUCAACAUCAGUGCCAUUAUCUACCUCUAUGGGUUCUCACUCUUCUUUGAGUAACACUAUGCGUCCUCCCUUUUUAUCACCUGUAUCACCUUCUAUUUCAUCUGGCACAGCGUUACACCGACAUCUUGCCAAUACAAACCAAUCUGAUAUAUUGACGUACUCUUCAUCACCCUUUCAACAAUUAUCUACUAGUUCAUCACCUACCUUUAUUAAUCCUUCUCAACGACAUGAUUCAACCAUUAGAUCAACGAUAAAUUUACCUGUGAUGACCACUUCUGCCUCUGCCCCAACAACAAUGACUUCAUCAUCAAUUAAUAACAACUCUCAUGCAUCAUCACCAUUACUUCAACACUCCUUACAGUAUCAAUCAUCUCCUCUCCCUACUCAUGAUGAUACUAAAGAUUGUGAUCAUUUGAAUAUGGAUCAUUCUCAAAAUCAAUCCAAUACUUCCGUGACCUCUAAUAGCGAAUUACGAAGACAAAUUCAUAUUCAAUCUGAACAAAAACGUAGGGCUCAAAUAAAAGAUGGAUUUGAAGAUCUACGAAAUGAAUUACCUAGUUGUUUGAACAAGAAAAUGAGCAAAGUAGCUCUUUUACAUAGAACUGUUCAACAUAUUCAGCAUCUCAAAAAUACUCAAAUAACAAUUCUUGGUGAACUUGAACGAUUAAUGACUGAAAAUGAACAUUUACGAAAAUUUCAAGAAAGUGUUUUACAAAAAUGAAUCUUGUUGGAAGAUCAUUCUUUUUAAUGAAACACUAUGUUCAUCCUCUCGUUCUCACUACUUUUACUAAUCUUCAUCUAUUUAUUCUGUGUAUAUGCAUUCCUUUCCUUUUAUAAAAAAAAAUAUAUAGUCUGUCUUUUCUUUUUUCAUUACCCCUUCCCAGUUCCUUUAUCAUUCAUAGUAUGCCUUAAUUAUAUCUUUUUACUUCUUUCUUUCUCUUUUUUUUUUUCUUCCUUACUAUACUU